GUAGUAAGAAUGCAGUUGGGGUGUUCGUAGGGAAGGUGCUAUGUGUGGCUGAUUUCGCUGACGGUUUUGUUCAAUUUGUGUUGAUUUACCCUGUCACAUUCUUCCUUCAACAUCAAGGAAUUACCUAUUUAUAUAUUUGUGCCAUUUCUACUUAGCUCCUGGUUAACAAGUCUUGAUCUCAGUCAGGUCUCCUAGCUAUGGCAGUAGCCUGCCGUGGAACAACGCCUCCUCCUCAAGAAGUAUCUGUUCCAAUGGCGGAAAAUUGGUGUUAUACGCAAGUGAAAGUUGUAAAGUUCUCUUAUAUGUGGACAAUCAACAAUUUUAGCUAUAGUCGAGAAGAAAUGGGGGAAGUUUUGAAAAGUUCAUCGUUUUCUGCUGGAGCUAAUGACAAACUGAAAUGGUGCCUAAGGGUAAAUCCUAAAGGUCUUGAUGAAGAAAGUAAAGAAUAUUUGUCACUCUACCUACUUCUAGUCUCUUGUAACAAAAGUGAAGUUAGAGCAAAAUUCAAAUUCUCUAUUUUAAAUGCCAGACGAGAGGAAACAAAAGCUAUGGAGAGUCAACGAGCUUAUCGGUUUGUCCAAGGAAAAGACUGGGGCUUCAAAAAGUUUAUCCGUAGAGAUUUUUUGUUGGAUGAAGCAAAUGGCCUUCUUCCAGAUGAUAAACUAACUCUCUACUGUGAAGUUAGUAUAGUAGCAGAUUCUGUAAAUAUAUCUGGCCAAACUUGUGCGAUUCAGUUCAAAGUUCCUGAAUGCAGACUAUCAGAAGAUGUUGGAGAACUUUUUGAAAGUCAAAAAUUUAGCGAUGUCAUAUUAAGUGUUGGUGGUAGAGAAUUUUAUGCUCAUAAAGCCAUACUUGCCGCCCGAAGUCCAGUUUUCUCUGCUAUGUUUGAACAUGAUAUGGAAGAGAAAAAGCAGAAUCGAGUUGAAAUAACUGAUACUGACCCUGAAGUUUUAAAAGAAAUGUUGAGGUUUAUUUAUACUGGAAAAUCUCCUAACCUUGAAAAUAUUCCAGAUGAACUUUUGGCAGCUGCUGACAAGUAUGCAUUGGAACGUUUGAAAGUAAUGUGUGAAGAAGAACUAUGUCAAAAUUUGUCUGUUGAUACAGUAGCUGAAGCUUUGAUACUUGCUGAUCUUCAUAAUGCUGAUCAACUAAAGGGUUAUUGCAUUGACUUUAUUAAUUCGCAUGCAGCAGAUGUGAUGGAAACAAUAGGCUGGAAAACAAUGGUGCGAGUUAGACCACAUCUACUGGCCGAUGCUUUUAGAGCAUUGGCAACACAGCAAGUCCCACCAAUUGGACCUCCAAGAAAACGUGCUAAGCAACAACAGUCUUAGGUAGCUUAGGUCUAUAACAUUUUUACUUAAAAUCUAAAGAGUUUAACUGUUUCAUGAAUAUCAUCAUGAAUAUCAUCUAUGGGAUGUGUUAAAUCAAACAGAAUGUGAUAAAUGAUGCCUUCAUAUAAAGCUGAAGUUUCACAAAACAUUUUCAGAGUGAAGAGUUCUGCAAGCAGCCUCGUUCCCAAAUCAUUUAUUCUUAUAAUGUGUAAAAAGUGUAUAUAUGAAUGUACAUGACAGGCUUAUCAUUUCUUUCAUUAUUUCGUGAAAUUUCAUAUCAUUAAUCUCUGUAGUCAUUGACAUUGUGAUUCUAUUUAUUCCUCAAGUACUUUCUCAUAGAAUGCAUUUAAGGAUUUAUGAUUUUUUUUUUGUGUUUAAUUACUUUUUCUUUGAACUCUCCCAAGUUCAUAUUUGAAUAGAGUGCAAUUCAAAAAUGUAGAAUUUCUCUAAAAUUUUUACACUGCCAAUGAUGUGUGCCGAAAUUUCGACUUUUUACUCUUCUAGAUUGAAAUAAAUACAAGUUAAUCUAACACAUUUGGAUUGAUUGUUGAAAUAACAGUUUAAAAAGUUAUUUGUCAUUCUUAAACCCAAUUUCAAAUUUAACUUUCUUAAAUUUUAUGAUUUUCUAGAGCUUUAUGAAUGUAUUACUUUGUUUUAUGAUAAAAUGGGCUUAGUGUUGUUAACUGUAUUCUUGCAUUUUUAAAGUGAAAUUUUAUUCUAUUUAUUGAAUUAAAACUGUGGUAUUAUUUUAUUGACUUCAUGUAAAAUUGCAUUGUGCUUUUAUAUUUCUAACAAACUAGAAAAUGUAAUAUUUUAUCUCAGACUGUUAGAUAUUAACUAAGAUUUUUUCACUUAAGUUUAAUGAAAUAUCACUUUGCGUUUUAUACUGUAACUCGGCGCUUCUUAAAUUGUAUUCUGCGGAACCCCAGGAUUCCAUUAAACUCAUUCCUUUUUUCCCUUACUUUCUAAUUAGUCAAUUAAAAAUUUCUAAAAAUGACUGUUCAAAAUUUGAAAUAAGGAAAGAAAAAAAAAAAGAGUGUCAACCAACUGUUGAUUCUGUCCACUAACUUAGAUGUUUCUCAAUCCGGUAGCCAAUACAAAAAAACAUGUUUUUCAACUAAAGUCAAUCAAAUUUUGUUACAAAUUUAUGGAUUGAAAAAAUAAAAAAAAAUAAAUGAAAAUAAAAACAGAAACAAGACGCACAUAAGAUUCUAUGGUACAACUGACCUAACAAUACCAGAGCUGAAGGAGUAAACUCUGCGAUUGUUAUAAUUAAUGCAGUGGUGUAGCUUAACAAAAAUAAUUCCAAAAACUGUUUUAGUAGCCACUGAAGGAUUCAUAUGAGGUCACAUGCUGCUACAAAACAAAACUGUUAAUUUUAAGGCUGCUGUUCAUGAGGUUGUCAAAAUCUUAACUUUACAAAAUCUCGGCCACUAAUUGAUUGUUUAUCCAAAAGGCUAUGCAAGAACAUGGGACGUGUACCUGCAUGCACAGAAGUAUCUUUUUAUAUGCAGAAGUUAGAUGUUUCUAGGAAAGAUACUUGUCUUGAGAAUUUGUGAGCUACCAAACGAUGUGCAUGCUUUUUUUUUUUCCUAGAACACUAUUUCAAAUUAUGAAGUCUAUUUUUUGACAAGCAUUGGCUGCUGAAAUUGCACAUUUCUAGUGACACACUUACAAAAAUUAAUGCACUUAGCAUUAUCCUUCAGGGAAAACAAGAAAAUAUAUUUACUGCUUAUGAACCAAAUUGCACUUUUAUGAAAAUAAAAUAAUCUGUUUUAGUUUUUCUAUGCACUCUAACGACUUUAAUAGUUGCUGGAUAGUAAAAAGCUGUAGAAAGAGGAUGGGGUUAAAACAGGAGAGGCAUUGAUUCAGAAAAUUACUGAACACUUUAAAAAGCUUCCCUCAGACAUUUCAAUCAGUAUUUUCUGAAUAAACAGCAACAGGGACAGAUUAAGGUAUGAGGCACAGGCCCAGGGCACCAACAAUUUGGGGGCACCAAAUUUGUAGGUAAAAUAUUGAUUUUGAACUCAUUUCAUAUCGCACUAUAGCAAGAUGUAAAUAUUAAAUCCAGAAAAGACAAUCAAUGUAAAAAUUUAAUCUCUUUUGCAAAUUCCAAAACCACUUCAAGUUCGUUCGAUAUUUACAACACUAUUAAAAUUUAUUAAUGCUAUGUCACUUCCAUUUUUCAUAAUGAAUAGGGAAAAGGGGGACACAUGUGAGCACAGGGCACAUUUGAACAUGGUAACUUUUACUAGGAUAACAUCAAGCAAGCAAUUUUGAAAAAUUCUCAAGUAAUGGCAGUACCAGUCAUACUUCUUGGCCAACAUUUUGGAGCAAUACCACAGAUUGUUUCUGUGGUGACAACUUCUUUGUUUUGGUUGCUGUUGUAUGUAAUUUUAUUGCUGUCUUCUUCAAGUGAAAACAUAUUUUAAACUAAUAAGCUAAACAAAAUUAUUGCAAAUCAUUAUACACACAUUAAAAUAAAUUUAUGACAAUGUUUAAAUUAUAUUAAGAAUAUUUUACUUUAAAAAAUUACAUAGUUCUAAAGUAGGUGACGGAGCACUUGUGAACACAACAUGUAGGGGCACAUGUGAACAGUUUCCAUAUCCUCUUCGUAAUAUAAAUAUUAGUGUAGGGUUAUUAUGAGCGUUAAAAAUGGGGUAAUGGUUUAUAAUUUAUAUUUUCCUAAAGUCAGUUUGUAAAUCUAAUGUUAAUUAUUAUUACAUUAUCAUAAAUAAAUAAAUAAUUUAUUUUUUAAAUUAUUUUUCUCUAAAUAGUUGGUUAACAAUUUAAUGUAUAUAAAAAAUAAAUUAUUUUCCUUUUUCUAAAAACCGAAGUGUAAAAUAAUUUUAAAUCUCAUCAUAUUCUGUAUGAAACUUAAAUGCACAAUAUAGUAACAAGAACAAACUUCACAUAAUAAAGUAUUUUUUGCAUUGUUUAGUCUUAAAGUUUUUUUCUGUUGAUCCUGUGAUUAAAACAUGCUACGAAACUUAAAAAAUAGUAAGCAGAGUUAUAUAAUUCGGAAAAAGUUUUUUUAUUAACACUUACUGUACAAUGAAAACUGACACAAACAACCGAUACUUGGUUAGAAACCCUUCAGUGUAAUUUGUAUAGACGUUUCAUAUUAAGGAGUUUUCUGUUGAAAUAUGAUGACUGUCCUGUAUUUUUCAAUCAUGUUCAUAUGUACCCCAGGCUUGUUCACAUGUGCCCCCUAUAGAGGCACAUGUGAACAAUUGAAUACAUUUUUGGAUUCUAUAAAGAAACGAAAUAUAUAUAUAUUUUUAAUCUGAAAGAACCCAGGGCACAAAGAAAAGACUAUAUAAUCAUGGAAACACUUUUGCUCUGAAAAAUUGAUAAUAUUUUUUGGGACAUUAAGAAAUUUAAAAAAGAUCCCUUUUCCCGUAUAUUUUGUAAUAUGAGGUACCUCCAAAUUUAGUGCAUAUAUAUUAAUUCCGCAAGUAUCAGGAUAUUUUACUGCUUCUCCAUAUAAAAUAAGCUCAAGGGAGGGGGACACCAAAUAAAUUUCGUGCCCAGUGUCUUCAAAAACUUUAAUCGGGUCCUGAACAGCAAAGAAAAUAUGAAAAUUGAUUUCAAGCAAAUUUCUUGUUAGUGUUCAACUAGAUCAGAAUAAGAAUGAAACUUUUAUUGAAUAGACACUAGAUUCACAAUUGCAGUGGAUGGAGGCAUUGAGGUUAUCCCGUUCCUCACCAGAAUCCUUAAUUUUAAGAUAUAUUUCCACUCCUAGCAUAAAAGUGUGCAUUGAAGAACUAUUAUGAGCAAGAAAGACUCUUUCGGUGAAAAUUAUGGCUGCCCUUCUGUUUUCCUUGAAACAGACAUUUAAGUUUAAUGCUGCCUUGUAGAAUUCUGGUACAGUUAAAAGACUAAUAUUCUCAUUUGUAAUGACACGUUGAGGCUUUGCCAUUUUCAAUGUGUUUGGAACGCGGUUCAAUUUGUGUCAAAAAAAAAAAAAAAAUUAAAAAAUUAAACUCUCACAUGGACAACAAACUUGAUGCUGACUUUGACCUGAAAAUUCAUUCAUAAAGCAUAGUAUUAAGCAUGUCUGCAGUAAUAAAAAUCAGUGCUACUCAUACCUUUAAACUCUUAAUAGUCUCUCCGUGACCUUAAAAAAAAGUGAUUUUGAACAUAAUUGUGUCAGUUUUCAAAAUAACCUUUUGAAAUAAACAAUUUUUACUUAAAAUAAUUUCGACUUUCAUUAAACUAAGCCAUUUACAGAAUGCUACCUUCAAACUUUAAUUUUUGAAGAAAAAUUGGGGAUUUACGAAAUAAGAGGUCAUUAGAAAGGGGUUCCACUAAUCAUAGAAAUUAAGAAACGCUGCAGUAACAGAACAUAUUUAAAGUAUUAAAAACAAGUUAAUGUGAUAUUAUCAUUAUCAACUUUCACAUAUAAAUAAGUUAAAAGUUACCAUUGGUCAUAAAUGGUAAACUUGUGACUUCUUUAGCUUAGCAGGAAAAAGAGAGAAAGAUUUUGUUUUAAGUAUGUAAAAUCAUGAAGACUAUUUAGAUUUUUAUUUUUUACUAAAAUGAGAGAAAGUAUGAACACAAUGUUGACAUUUCAUUUAGAUAUGUUGUAAAUUUUGGUGAAACUAGUCGCAUUUUUUGUAUAAAAGAAAUAAACUGGAUCAAUACAUGUAACUUUUUCAUUGUAAGAUUUUACUGACAUUUAUAUUCUUGUGAAAAAAAGUUUAUGCAGGACCAAUUUUUUCUUUUAAAACAAACCAGUCCAUGUGCUUUGUUAAACUGACUUAUUUGUGUGUUCAUUUGUGUUUCUUGUUUAAACAAAAUGUCUAAUUCUUAUGGGUUACUUUUUGAACCUUGUGUUAUUAAAAUGUUGAGUUUCUAAAUAAAAUUUGGUUUG